AUGCCAGAGAGUCUUUGGAAGCGAACUGUUGAGUUGGCUCAUGAAGGACACCAAGGAAUUGUUCGUACGAAGUCCAGAUUGCGAGAGAAAGUUUGGUGGCCGAAAAUCGACAAGCAGGUAGAAGAUUAUGUGCGUUCAUGUCAUCCCUGCCAAAUCGUGGGUGGUUCCAAACCGAAGCCAGAACCGAUUAGAUCGACCAAAUUGCCUGAAUCUCCGUGGAAAGACAUUUCAGUUGACCUUCUCGAAAUAACCAGUGAGAGUCAUCUUCUGGUCGUCGUAGAUUAUUAUUCUCGUUGGGUCGAAGCCAUUCUACUUCGCAAAACAGACGCGCAGCACGUGAUAAAGAGUCUGGAGGCUAUUUUUAGAACACACGGUUUGCCAGAGACAAUUCGUAGUGACAAUGGCCCUCCAUUUGCAUCAAGAGAUUUUGAAGCGUUCUUAAAGAGUCUCGGAAUAAUCCAUAAGAAAGGCGUACCCUAUUGGCCUCAAAGUAACGGAGGAGUUGAACGUUGCAACGAAACCUUGUUGAAGAUCGUUAGGAUUGCCAGAAUUGAAGGUAAAGAUUGGAAAAAAAGCAUUGGAAGAUUUCCUAUUCCAUUACAGAGUAACUCCUCAUACAGUAACUGGCACAACUCCGGCCGAACUUUUGAUGGGAAGGAAACUACGUGAAAAGCUCCCGAGAGUUGAAGUUAAUGAAAGUCGUGUCACCGAGACAGAACGGAAACAGCUUUUGAAAGAAAGGGAUGCUCGUGUAAAACUCCGACAGAAAGAAUACGCCGAUAAGACACGCGCGGCCCAAGAUAGCAACAUUAGUGAGGGUGAUCGAGUGUUGUUGAAACAAACGAGGAAAAACAAGCUAACGUCAAGUUUCGAACCACUUCCAUACAGAGUGAUUCGCAGAGAAGGCAAUGCAGUUGUUAUACAAGAUUCUGGUGGAGAUAAUAAGAUGCGAGGAAUAGCGCACAUGAAGAAGUAUGUGGAGCCACAAGUUGUUGAAACUAGAGAAACGUUAGAAACGCCAGUCAUACUUCAUGAAGUUGAGGAAUCGACAGCGCAACCUGUUAGUGCAGAUCCUGCGAAGCAAGAUCAAUGAUUUUGUGUUAAUUUGAAUACAUGCAGUAAUUCGAAAUUGACAACUUGUCGUUCAAAAUAGUUGUUUACAAAUUUAUAUGGUCUUAUAUAUACAGUAUUAUAUAUUUUUAUUUAAUUUUCCCCAUAUAUAAAAAAGCUACUUAAAAUUUAUCUUUAAUUACGAUUUUGGGCUAGAUACCUACUAUAGACAUCUUCGUAGACUUUCUAUUUAGAUUUUAGGCUUCUAGUUUUAUAAAUACUGUUCAUUUGUAAUAAUUAUUAAAUCACAUAGACAUAGUGUCAUACAUGCAAUAUGUAAAAUGAGACGUUUUGAAGAAUAUGUACGUCUGUAUUUACAACAGAGAAAAAGAAGUUACUGUAAGGGCAAUGUUCGUAUCAGUAUAUAAAUUAAUACUAAAGUUGGCGAUGCAUUUAAAUUUUUACAAUGACUUGGCAACAAUGACCAACAAAAUACUAAACUAAAGUGCUAUAUAUUAUUAAAGUAUUAGCCUACAUAUAUAUUUUUUAAUACAUUAUUUUUGGAGAUACAUGUAUGUUAUAGGAGUUUAUUUCAUUAAAUUUUGUUUCUAACGAAUUCCAUACAGUAUAUCAUCUGCUUUAUAUGAGAGACUGUGUUUCACAUAAUUAAAAUAAUUUGUCCUUUCAUAACAUUCGUGAAGUUUUGAAGCAUUUUCGUAGUGUUAUGACUUAAUUAUGUUCAUGAAUUUUGUUGACAAUUGUUGUUUGUCACAAAAUAAUUUUUAAAGAAAUCUGAUAAAUUAUUAAAAUGGUGGUACUGAAACAUAAAUAAGGCAGUUAAAUAGUCAAUGAUUUAUAAAGAGCAAUGCCUCUGGGCUCUGGUAUUCCAUGAACUACCGCUCUGGCAUUAUUCGUAGAACAGGCGAUCACAUCAUAUGAGAGGCAAAUCGAUUUAUCGAAGCCUGUAGUAGGCGUGUUGACAAACGCAUCUCAUUUUUCUUUAAUUAUUGUUCGAAUCGCAUUCCUCUGAUGAUCGUUGAAAGUAGAAAUACGAAAUAAUGGGCGACUUCAUACAAUGCUUGAUCAUACGACGCCAUCUUUGUUUCGGAAUAUUAAAUUUAAGCGCGAACGAGUUCCUGAUUUUGGUACUCGGGCUGUGAUUGGCUAAACAAUCGGAAUGGAAUGUGUUGCUGCAGUAAGCAGCCUGUUAGUGGGGAGAAAAUCUCGGACCCGCGAACAGGCUGCGUAGAAGACUAACAAGUUGAAUGCUUUGAACCAAAAUCGGCAACAGCAACCACUCCCUGCUGAGCCAGUGUAAGCCGGAAGUAAGCGACAGUGAUAAGCAAUGAGGAUAUAUUUGCUGUUUCGAGAGCCAAGAAAGUGAAGCAACCACCCAUGACAAAACUCAAAAUUAAUGGGGUGAAAGUAGAGUUUUUGAUUGACACCGGAGCUUCAGUGAACAUUUCGACACAAAAGGACUAUGAGUUUCUCUGUACAAAUUCAAAGGACUAAAUCUCUUUACGAAAGACUAAAACUAGAAUCUAUGCAUUUGGCUCUUCAGAACCAGUUGAGUUGAAAGGAAAGUUUGAAGUUCUAGUUGACUCAAAGCGUUGUGUUGCUGCCGCUACAUUUUAUGUCACAAAGGGAACUCAAGGCACUGCUUCAAUUCUCGGUUGUGAGACAUCUACUAAUUUGCGUUUGAUUACCAUGAAUGUUAAUAAUUCUCGGUGUCGAAAGUAUCGGAAGUCAAGUCGGACUCUGGAACUGAUAUGAGUAGCUGUGAUUUGGAUGCAAGUAAAAGAAAAGAAAACCUAUUGAAAUGUAGGCACCCUAAUGUAUUUACAGGAAUUGGUAAACUAAAGGGGCAUGAACAAAAGAUUCACAUAAAUACGGAUGUACCCCCUGUUGCCCAAACGAACAGGCGUGUUCCAUUUCAUUUACACAAACAGUUAGACACCUGGCUUGAUGAUUACUUACAAAAAGAUAUAAUUGAGCCUGUAUCUGAUGAGAGCACUGACUGGGUGAGUGGACUAGUUCUCGCACCAAAACCCAGAAACCCCAAUGAAGUAAGAGUAUGCGGCGACUACCGCCAAGCAAACACAGCUAUAAAAAGAGAAAAACACCCAAUUCCUACAGUUGACGAACUGAUGGAAAGUAUGAAUGGGGCAAUUAAAUACAGUAAGAUUGAUUUGAAGGCACCAAAUCACCAAAUUCCCCUUGAGAAGAGUUCCAGGUCCAUUACUACAUUUAUUACGCAUCGUGGGUUAUUUCGCUAUAAACGAUUACCUUUCGGUAUCAACUCAGCCAGCGAGAGGUAUUUCAGCAUGCUAUCGAGAAUGCCAUUCGAGGGAUAGACGGAGUUCGUAAAAUUGCGGAUGAUAUAAUUGUUUGGGGGUCAACACAACAGGAACAUAAUUUACGGUUAGAGCAGUUAUUUGCACUCUUAGACGAGUCCGGCUUAACCGUAAAUAAUGACAAAUGUCUAUUUGAUCAGAGAGAACUUUGGUUCUAUGGCUUUCUCCUUACUGAUUCAGGCAUAAAAGUUGAUCCAAGGAAAGUUGAUGCAAUUAAGCAUGCUAAGGAACCGAAGGACACGAAAGAACUCCGUAGUUUCCUAGGGCUAGGAAACUAUUGUUCCAGAUUCAUCAAGAACUUUUCAACUCUUACAUCCCCCUUGCGAGAACUUACUGUAGCCAAAACACCCUAUGCAUGGACACCUAUACACACAGCAGCGUUUGCCGCUAUUAAAGAAGCUAUACAGAAAGACUGUAUCAUGCAUUUUUAUGACCCAAAUCAGAAAACAUGUCUAACAGUCGAUGCAAGCCCAACAGGUCUUGGAGCAAUAUUGUCGAACAUUGACAGAGCAG